AUGCCUCAAUCAUUUACAUCCAUUGCCAAAGUCGGAGAAUACAUUUUGAAGAGUCCGGCACUAGCCAAAAUCUGCGUUCCAGUGGCUAAACAAUACGUUAACCUAGCAGGUUAUAGAAAGCUAGGUCUUACAUACAACGAUUUGAUCGCUGAAGAGAACCCUAUUGUACAGACCGCUUUGUCCAGAUUACCUGAGGACGAAUCUUAUGCUAGAAACUAUAGAAUAAUUAGAGCUCAUCAAUCUGAAUUAACCCAUCAUUUGUUGCCAAAGAACGAAUGGGUUAAAGCUCAAGAUGAUGUUCCAUACUUGUUACCAUACAUCCUAGAGGCUGAAGCCGAAGCUUUAGAGAAGGUUGAAUUAGAUAACUUGGAAAUUAUCAAGAAAUAG